AUGGCCGACAAUACCCUCGGCCGUCCCCAGCCCCUCGCCGUCUCAAGGCCUGUGAGCGAAGCGCUCCUUAACGAGAAGUGGGACCGCUGCCUCUCGAACCUCCUCGUCAAGUCCACCCUCGGUCUCGGUUUCGGCGUCGUCUUCUCCGUCCUCUUGUUCAAGCGCAGAGCCUGGCCCGCCUUUGUCGGUGUUGGUUUCGGUGCCGGACGCGCUUACGAGGAGUGCAAUUUCAGUCUCAAGCAGGCCGCCCGCGAUCUGAAGAAGCAGGCUGCGUAG